AAUAAACGUCUAAAGUAGUUGCGCUUGUGCUCGCUGGACUACAACUCCCAUGUCGCCCUGGGGGCGGUCCGUUUGUAAUGACGCCACAGAGUCUGAGCUUCGGAAAAAUGGCCGACCCCAAAGCAUGUACGCAUUCUCGCAGUUUGUUUGUUUUGGAAAAUGGGAGUCCGAUGAGAUUUUAUGCUCGGCCUGGCCCGUUAAAGCGGCACCUGUCCCCAAUUAUCUUGCACGGUGGUGGGGUGAUGUGUCGGCUGCAGGAACCCGGUGCGCUGCUUCUUGCCAAGCCCGGAGAAGCUCAGGGGCCACAAUACAUCUCAAUUAAUUAUGUGACUGACUGUGUGGAAAGGGACGAGAGGCUGGACGUAAAGGAUUACGUGUUGGAGAAGACCCCUGGACACACGUGGGUGAAGGAGAGGUUGGAAACCGGUUGCAGGGAAGAUCAUGCAGGGGGCGAUAAAGUUGAGGGAGCUUGGAUUAGUGUAGAGAAGGAAAAUCAGAACAAUAAACGUGGUUGCGAUGAUGUUGAGGGCUCCGGGAAAAAAAAGUACCGAGAAGUGGGCAGCAAGAAGGAUGAUAAAGCUGAAAAGGAAGGAGUGUUUGAAGAUGAGUGUAGAGAAGUGGAUAAUACAUGGAAGCAGAAAAACAGUACGAAGUACCAAAGGAAAGUACCCAAACAAACAGAUGAAAAGGAUACUGUGAAAAGUGGCGCGAUCCUGGUAAGAGAAGAAAUUGGGGAUGAUGUAGGUGAGGAGAGGCAACUGAAGGAUGGGGGCUGCCAAGAUCAAGUAGAAGCAUUAAAAGAUGGUGAGCAUCAGCAAGGAAAGGAAAGUUUGAAGGGUAGAAAUGGACAGGGCGGAGAUGAAGGAUUGAAGAAUGAUAGGGGUCAUGGAGGAAUGGGGAGUGUGACAGAUGAAGAGAAAUUAAAGGAUGGAGAGGAGACGUUGGCUGAUAGUGAGGAGGGCAGAGUGGCAGCAGAUGAAGAGGGGACAGCGGCGGCUGAUGAAGGGAGCCAUGGCGAGGAGGGCAGAGUGGUGGCUGAUGAAGGGAUCCAUGGCCAGGAGGUGACAGUUGCGGCUGAUGAAGGGAUCCAUGGCCAGGAGGUGACAGUUGCGGCUGAUGAAGGGAUCCAUGGCCAGGAGGGGACAGUUGCGGCUGAUGAAGGGAUCCAUGGCCAGGAGGGGACAGUUGCGGCUGAUGAAGGGAUCCAUGGCCAGGAGGGGACAGUUGCGGCUGAUGAAGGGAUCCAUUGCCAGGAGGGGACAGUUGCGGCUGAUGAAGGGAUCCAUGGCCAGGAGGGGACAGUUGCGGCUGAUGAAGGGAUCCAUGGCCAGGAGGCGACAGUUGCGGCUGAUGAAGGGAUCCAUGGCGAGGAGGGGACAGUUGCGGCUGAUGAAGGGAUCCAUGGCGAGGAGGGGACAGUUGCGGCUGAUGAAGGGAUCCAUGGCGAGGAGGGGACAGUUGCGGCUGAUGAAGGGAGCCAUGGCGAGGAGGUGACAGUGGCGGCUGAUGAAGGGAGCCAUGGCGAGGAGGUGACAGUGGCGGCUGAUGAAGGGAGCCAUGGCGAGGAGGGGACAGUGGCGGCUGAUGAAGGGAGCCAUGGCAAAAAGGGGAGAGAAGUGGAUGGAAAGAACUAUGGAGGGGACCUGGAAGGAGGAAAACCAGUCAUGGAUGGAGAAGAUGAAGCAUCAGAUGCAGUAGACCAGGAAGAAGGGGAAACCGUGGGACUUGGAGGGGACAGGGCAGGAGAGGAGGGUAUGAUGGAUAGGCAGUAUGAAAGAAAACAGCAGACAAGGAAAGCGAAGGACCCCUGGGAGAGAGGAAAACAAAGUUAUGAUGCCAAUAAAAAUGAUGUACAACAGAAGAGGCAGAGGAUUGAUAAUGUGCAUCAAAUAAACUCUGGCACUAAAAACAUUGAAAACAAAAAGACUAACGCUGAACAUCUGCAAGAGAAAGUGACUCCAGACUCACCCAGCUUUCGUCCAACUGGACGGACUUUCUUUACGCAGGAGGAGGAUAUGGCUAUACUAUCAUAUCUAAGAGACAAUGUACCUGCCAGGGGAACAGUGUCUGGUGUUGUUUUGUGGAAGGAAAUGGAAGAGAAGCAAGUUGUGAAGAGAACAUGGCAGGCAAUGAAGGACCGUUAUAGGAAACAUCUUGCAAAAACAAAUCCUUUCUACAAACUACCCAAGUCCCCAUCUCCUCUUGAAAAAAAGACUUCCAAGAAUGAGGUGUCUAGCCCAAGAGCCUCGACAAGGAAAACCAGAAAAAUUAGUUCCUUCACUUAUGUAAAAUGUUCUACUCCAAAAAGGAGUAAGGUGACUUCAUCUGAGGACAGGCCUGGAUGUAACGGGGAAGAAGAAGAAGAGGAGGAAGGUGCUGAUCUGACCACCCUCAGCCAACACCAGGAUACUGCAGAACUUGAAGAUGCUAUUCAACCCUCGGCAGUAUCGAGCGGGAUUGAGAAAGUAGCUGAUAUGAAUGAGGACCGUUCCAAUGAAGCAGAUAACAGCGAUUCAGGGGAAUUGUGCAUAUUUGAGAUUGCAAACAUGGAGUUUGAGGCUGAUGAUGCCUCCGAGGCAGUGGCCUCUAAGCAGGGCCCUGGCCUUAAGGAGUUUGUAAUGGAAGAGGACUCUGUGACUCCAGAGAGCCAGACACAGGUGGAUGAGGUGUCUUCAAGCCCGGAUGUUUCUGAUGGUGAGGGUCUUAAAGAGGCAAUACAUGACAUGAUGGCUGAAUUUAAUCUCCGCCUGUGUGAUGUUACUCAGGCUUUACUUAAGAACAGCGGGGAAGUGGGAUCUACAAGAUGUUUCUUGCGGACUGGCAGCAGACCUGAUGGCUAUCCCAUUUGGCUGAGGAACGAUGAUUUAGACCUGGAGAAGGAGGACCCAAAGAUACAGAAAAGAUUAAUAAACAAAUAUGGAGCUGACAAUGUUGCAAAGAGGGUGGCAUUUCUGACCAGUUAGAGCGCCAUGCUCAAAGAACCCCCCC